CGUCACAUCGCGUAGCAUCCGGAAUUCCGGACCACUUCGACGACUUCGCCGGCGCCGAGCACAAUCCACGACCGCCCCCCAGCCAGCCAUGUCCAAGUACGGUACCAUCCCGACAACCUCGUCUACUCCGGCGCCCGAGGGCUCCUCCCAGCUCGACUUCAUCUCCCGCGCCAAGGCCCGCGGCGCGUCCGCGCUCGCCACGCGCCGUCCCUGGCGCGAGCUCGCGGACCCGCGCGCGCUCUCCGUCCCGCGCGGCUUCUCAGACGCCUACCGCCGGGCGCGCGCCAACCUCGCGCACUUCGCCGCCAACUACGCGCUCGUCGUCCUGCUCGUUGUCUUUGUCUCCCUGCUCUGGCGGCCGGUCUCCAUGCUCGUCUUCCUCGCCUGCUUCGCCGCCUGGCUCGUGCUCUACUUCCUCCGCGACCGCGACGUGGACGGGACGCUCGUGAUUUGCGGGCGGGGCGUCGGGGACGGCGUGGUCGUCGCGGUCACGCUCGUCCUGCUGCUGCUCACCGGCGCCACGGGCUUCAUCCUCACCUCGCUGCUCGUCGGGCUUCUGCUUGUCCUGCUCCACGCACUGCUGCACCGCCCCGCCGACAGCAUCGACGACGAGGCCGGGAGAUGGUACACGCCAGUGCCGCCGUCCAACUACUAGCUAGUCUGAGCCUCUGAGGUGCUGCUCCUCCUCCUAUUGCUUCUUGGUUACUGGAUUGCAGAUCGAUGUUCUUCAGUUCUUGAUCCGUUCGUGCUCUUGUCCAUAGAAAAUGUGCUUAAAUUUGUGUUCUUCGUUAUCUCGGAAGAUUUAUUACUGAAAUUAUGCUUUU